UAUUGCUGUGCAGGCAGCACCUCCAGAGCUACCUGCGGAGACGCAAGUGAUUCUGCACUCUGAAAGAAGCUUCUUCCCAUCAUCCAAGAAGAGAGGAGGAGAAAAGGAACUGGAGGAAAAACCAUGAGUUCUUCAAGUACAGAGUCCUUUGAAGUUGACACCUCAACCUUAUAUGACUAUUACGAUAAUUAUAACGAUGCUCCAAAACCCUGCAGUAAGGAGACUGUCAAGAGGUUUGCAGCCUUCUUCCUACCUGUUCUGUAUACUCUAGUAUUCCUGGUCGGGCUCACAGGAAACAUUCUGGUCAUUGUGGUCCUCUUCAAAUACAAGAGGUUGAAGAGCAUGACUGAUGUGUACCUGCUGAACCUUGCCAUCUCAGAUUUGCUCUUUGUUCUAUCCUUGCCCUUCUGGUCUUAUUUCAUGAUAGACCAAUGGGUUUUUGGAACUCCCUGGUGUAAAAUCAUUUCAUGGAUCUACCUGGUUGGGUUUUACAGUGGGAUAUUUUUUAUUAUGCUCAUGAGCAUAGACAGAUACCUGGCGAUUGUUCGUGCAGUGUUUUCCUUGAAAGCAAGGACUGCCUUCCAUGGCUUGGUUACUAGCCUUGUUGUAUGGCUUGUAGCUCUUUCAGCCUCAGUUCCAGAACUUGUAUUCACAGAAUCUUUUAAUGAACAGAAUUAUACUACCUGCAAGCCAAGAUAUCCAGGCAAUUUCACAACAUGGAAGCUUUUUUGUACUUUGGAAAUCAACAUCUUAGGGCUUCUAAUCCCUCUUAUAGUUAUGACAUUUUGCUACUCCAUGAUCAUUAAAACAUUAGUUCACUGUAGAAAUGAGAAAAAGAAUAAGGCUGUGAGGAUGAUCUUUGCUGUCAUGAUUGUGUUUUUCUUCUUUUGGACCCCUUACAACAUUGUUAUCUUUUUACAACUGCUGGAAGUCAUGGGAGUCUUUAGAGACUGUCAAGCAAGCAGGAAUCUGGACUAUGCUUUCCAGGUAACAGAAAUCCUCGGCCUUUCUCACUGUUGCCUCAAUCCAGUCAUCUACUUCUUCAUGGGGGAAAAAUUUAAGAAGUACGUGAAGAUGCUCUUUAAGAACUGGUGGUUGCCCGGAGAGCUUUGCAAGUGGUGUGGAGUUCAUAUCACUUACCACUCUGAAUCUACCAGUUCAUUCCACACACAGUCUACAGGAGAUCAAGACGCUCUGUAACGUGUUUCACACCGGCCACGGUACUCACCAGCAAGCCAACUGACAAAGGCAAGAACUCUGAAAAGCCAAGCAAAUGCACAUGCAUUUAACAAUAAGCUAGUGCUGGAUAAUGACACACUUCAGCUUUGAUUUCUGCCUCUAGAUUUUCUGAAGAUUAUGACAGAAGGUGUCCUAGAUGUGAAGUGUGGGAGAUGGACACGCAAGUU